AUGGUAUCUCAAGAAACCUGUUACGGUGUAGCAUUUAGAUCUCUGGCUACCACCGACGAACAACUGUUCCAAAAUACCGUCCAAUUCUACCAUAAUCUAGGUUUCAGCACCAUCAAGGACUUCAACAAGUUCCACAAUGGCGACAACAGUAUCCUUUCCACAGGGACUUCCAAGGACUCCAUAAAGGAAACAUGGUUGGAAGCAUUCAAAUUGAGUGAAAUUGACGCUCAAGGUUUCCGUGUGCCUCAACAAGAAGCUUUAAACAAGAACCAAAGUCAAGGUGCUCUUUUGAAGGUGCGUUUAAUCAUGUCUCAACAACAAUUACCAACGGAACCACUAUCAAUCACUUAUUUCACCACUGAUUUGACCUCUGUUAGUAACUUACCAUCCGCUGAAAAGAUCUCCGACUCCAUUGUCGUCUUAACUGAUCCAUUGGGAACCAAGAUCGGUUUCACCUCUUUCUCUACUCCAUUUGACUCUCAAGCUCAAGCUCAUGAUGCUGCUUUCUUCCAAAGCGCAGCUAACGUUUCUGAGUCUUCAUCAGACGUUUCUAGAGACGCCUCUUUAUCCGCCAUCAACAUGUUGAAGCAAACCCUUUCGGGCCAAAAGAAGAAGAAGAUUGCCGUCAUGACUUCCGGUGGUGAUUCUCCAGGUAUGAACGCUGCCGUGAGAGCUGUUGUUCGUACAGGUAUCCAUUUUGGUUGUGAUGUUUUCGCAGUCUACGAAGGUUACGAAGGUUUACUAAGAGGUGGUGAAUAUUUGAAAAAAAUGGCUUGGGAAGACGUUAGAGGUUGGUUAUCUGAAGGUGGUACUUUGAUUGGUACUGCCCGUUCCAUGGAAUUUAAGAAACGUGAAGGUCGUAAACAAGCCGCCGGCAACUUGAUUGAACAAGGUAUCGAUGCAUUGGUCGUUUGUGGUGGUGAUGGUUCUUUAACUGGUGCCGAUCUAUUUAGACAUGAAUGGCCUUCUUUAGUGGAAGAUUUGGUUAAGGAUGGAAGAUUCACCGAAGAACAAGUCACUCCAUACAGAAACUUAAAGAUUGUUGGUCUUGUUGGUUCCAUCGAUAACGAUAUGUCUGGUACUGAUUCCACCAUUGGUGCUUACUCCGCUUUGGAAAGAAUUUGUGAAAUGGUUGAUUACAUUGAUGCUACCGCUAAAUCUCAUUCUCGUGCCUUCGUCGUUGAAGUUAUGGGGAGACAUUGUGGUUGGUUAGCUUUGAUGGCUGGUAUUGCUACCGGUGCUGAUUAUAUCUUCAUUCCAGAAAGAGCUGUCCCACAUGGCCAAUGGCAAGAUGAAUUGAAGGAAGUUUGUCAAAGACAUAGAGCUAAGGGUAGAAGAAAUAACACUAUUAUUGUUGCUGAAGGUGCCAUUGACGAUCAAUUGAAUCCAGUUACUUGUGAAGACGUUAAGAAUGUCUUGAUCGAAUUAGGUUUGGAUACUAAAGUUACCAUCUUGGGUCACGUUCAAAGAGGGGGUACUGCUGUCGCUCACGACAGAUGGUUGGCCACUUUACAAGGUGUGGAUGCCGUUAAGGCCAUCUUGGAAAUGACUCCAGAAACUCCAUCUCCAUUGAUUGGUAUCUUGGAAAACAAGAUCAUUAGAAUGCCAUUAGUGGAAUCCGUUAAAUUAACUCAAUCCGUCGCUGCCGCAAUUGAAAGUAAAAACUUUGACAAGGCUAUUUCUCUAAGAGACACUGAAUUCAUUGAAUUAUACGAAAACUUCUUAUCUACCACUGUGAAGGAUGACGGUUCUGAAAUGUUGCCUGUCACUGAAAGAUUAAACAUUGGUAUCGUCCAUGUCGGUGCUCCAUCAGCUGCCCUAAAUGCUGCUACUCGUGCUGCAACUCUAUACUGUUUGUCUCACGGUCAUACUCCAAUUGCUAUCAUGAAUGGGUUCAGUGGUUUGAUUCAAACCGGUGAAGUUAAGAAGAUGGAAUGGAUUGAUGUUGAAAACUGGCACAAUUUGGGUGGUUCUGAAAUCGGUACUAACAGAUCUGUUGCCGCUGAAGAUUUAGGUACUAUUGCAUACUAUUUCCAAAAGAUUAAAUUAGAUGGUUUAAUUAUUCUUGGUGGGUUUGAAGGUUUCAAAUCUUUGAAACAAUUACGUGAUGGUAGAUCUCAACAUCCAAUCUUUAACAUUCCAAUGACUUUGAUCCCAUCUACUAUCUCUAACAAUGUUCCAGGUACUGAAUACUCUCUAGGUGUUGACACUUGUUUGAACGCUUUAGUUAAAUACACUGAUGAUAUCAAGCAAAGUGCUUCCGCUACAAGAAGAAGAGUUUUCGUUGUCGAAGUUCAAGGUGGUCAUUCAGGUUAUAUCGCCUCUUUCACCGGUUUAAUCACUGGUGCAGUCUCCAUCUAUACUCCAGAAGAUAAGAUUAACCUAUCAAGCAUCCAAGAAGAUUUGACUUUGUUAGAAGAAAACUUCCGUCAUGACCAAGGUGAAAACAGAAAUGGUAAGAUAUUAAUCAGAAACGAACAAGCCUCCAGUGUAUACAGCACUGAAUUGAUUGCAAACCUUAUUUCUGAAUCAUGUCACGGUAGAUUCGGUGUUAGAACCGCUAUCCCAGGUCAUGCUCAACAAGGUGGUGUUCCAUCUUCUAAGGAUCGUGUCGUUGCUUCUAGAUUUGCUGUCAAAUGUAUCAAAUUUAUUGAACAAUGGAACAAGAACAACCAAGCCCCAGGUACUAAUACUGAUUCUAAGAUCUUAAGAUUUAAGUUUGAUGCUCAAGGUGAAAAGGUCCCAACUAUUGAACACGAAGAUGAUUCCGCUGCUGUGAUCUGUGUUAACGGUUCUAGUAUCAGUUUCAAGCCAAUUGCUGGUUUGUGGGAAAAUGAAACUAAUGUUGAAUUAAGAAAGGGUCAAGAAGUUCAUUGGACUGAAUAUAACAAGAUCAGUGACAUUCUUUCCGGUAGAAUGAAAUUGAGAGAUGAAGUUGCUGCCCUAGCUGCUGAAUCUAAUUAA